AUGGCAUCGGACAGCUCAUCCCUGUUGUGCACUGUUAUGAUUGGAAGUGGAUUGAGAGUGCCUAGAAUGAGAGAUGUGUUUUGUCGCAACUUGAUAGGUGACAGAGGUGAUGGUGUAGAGAGAAUUCCACCAACAAUAUCAAACAGAAGACGCAACGAAGCAAAUCGUCCAAUUAGGCAGCAUCGUCGAAGACAAGAGGAGGUCCAGGAUGAUGAUGUUGAGUCUACUGAGCAUGCACAUAUGGAGGAGGAUGUCCCUCAGCCUCCACAGAUGGAGCAGGCAGCUGAUGAUAUUCAUGAUGCUUCUGCACAUGCUGAUGAGUUUGAUGAUCCUUGUGAUAUUGAUGAUUUGGAUCAGCAAACCGGAUUUCCCGGAGGACCGAUGGAUCGUGGAUCAUUGAAAGUUAUUACUCACGGAUUGAAAUUGAAGAAGUUUGCCGAAGUUCCUCUGCCAGAUCUUUUAGACCAUUGGAUUCAGGAAUCUGGGCUGAUGCAUCUAUCUUCAGGCUACCUCACUAUGGCUGAUGCUGGUCUGAUAUCCGUAUUUGUUGAAAUAUGGCACAAAGAGACCAACUCAUUUCAUCUGCCAUUUGGAGAGAUGACUAUCACUUUAGACGACGUCGCGACUCUUCUUCACAUCUCACCACAUGGUAAAUUUUUUGAUGCACCUGUGAAUAUGAACACUAAUAAUGCUGCAAGAGCUGCACAUGAGUACUUAAGUGCAACAUGGGAGGAAGCAUGUGCUGAGAUUAGUUAUAACAAAUUUGGCUGCACUAUUUUCGCUGAUAAAACACAUACACGUGUUGAGGUGAAAUACAUUACUCUUUUUAUUGAUUUAUAUCGUUGUCGGGACUACUCGUGGGCUUCCGCGGCAUUGGUUUUCCUUUAUGACAAUCUGAGAGAUGGAGCUGUCCACGACACUCGACAGUGUUGGAUUUAUGAACACUUCCCUAGGAUCUGUAAGCGGGGUGAUAGAGGAGCGGUUCCUACACAUCUUCCAAGAACAUGUAGGUGGACUGCAAAACAUGUUGUUGAAGGUGGAUUGUUGGCAUAUCGUCAGAGACUUGAUGCGUUGUUGCUCGAGGAUAUAGUGUUUACACCCUACUGUGAUGAAUGA